UGGCCGUCGCCGCCUCAUUUCGAUCGUUUUCAGUUUGUUUGCUGUUCUGUCGUGAUUAAAUCACCGCAUGGUCGUGUACCGUUAGUGCAAGUACCUACAGUGCUAGUGCUACCAACCGCGCUACUAAAAACAACAACAACAACAGCACUCCACGCACAACAUAACAGAAAAAGCGAAAGUGUUGCCAAGCAAGUGAAAAUUUACAACUACUCGGCCGCCGCCAAUAGGCAUCUGUGAGAGAGUAGAGAGUGGAGAGUGAGUCACUACUACAGCUGCUAAGUGAAGUGAAUUGUGUGUGUGAGUGAGUUUAAGUGCUAGUGCCAUUGCCGAGGAUCAUCCUCCCUCUCCUCAUCGUCUUCUGUCCCAUCAACUGUGCAGUGAAAAACUGUAAUGAUGAAUUUCUCUGCGUUUGGUGGUCCAUUCUCUGGCAUACAUCAGUUUGCCGCUAAAUUUGAUGCACAAACACCGGGCGCCUUUGGUACGCCGCCAGGCAAUGCAGCCGCCGCCGCUGCGGCCAGCGCUGAUAAUCAUGUGCAGCGCUAUCAGACUAAUGGCAAUCAUUUCAAUCAGAAUGUACCCAACGUUUCGGCAGCCAAUAAUAUGCAAUAUGGUCAAAAUAUCUCCAUACCAUACUCACAGCCACAGAGUGAUCUGAACUUUCUGAAUGCUGCCGCUGCAGCGGAUCAUAAGGGUAAAAUCCAUCCAAAAAUUGAACGUGACCGGGAAGAAGUGCUCAAUCAGCAGAUCCUACAGAAUGUCAAUCAGUCGUGGCAAACUCUGGCCAACACGGCCAACACCGUCGACUACUCAUCGCAUUUGCUAUCCGCAACACUGCCAAUCUCCAUACAACACUUCCUCAAGUACUCCGAAACAAUAAAGAAGGAAUCCUCAGGUGAUGUGCUGAAGAACGGCACCAACUUGGCCAGUUUGGCGCUCGGCGGUGUUGCCCUGACGCCAAGCAACAACGGCGCCAACGGUGGUGCACAUCACAAUGGUGGCGGCGGCGGUCUCGUUGGCAUGGACCAUGGCGUCCAUAUGACCAAUAUGACAGAUGCGAAUGGCGCACCGCUGGCCAAUGGCAAUGCUGGCGCCAAUGGUGUCAAUGGCAAUGCCAAUGGUGCGGUCGCCAAUGGGGCCGCUGUCUCCAGCACCGCUGCGGUGGGCACAACGAACGCCACGGGCGGCACCACAACCACCACCGGCAAGAAGACCAAAAAGAAGAAACCACCCAAGGAGAAGAAGCCGCGUCCCAAGCCCGGUGAAAUACGCGAGACAAAGGCAUUGGAUGGCUCCACUCUAUACUGCUGCCCCGAAUGUCAGAUGGCCUAUCCGGAUCGCAGUCUCAUCGAGCAGCACGUCAUCUCGCAUGCAGUUGAGAGGCGCUUCGUCUGCGAUAUCUGCAAUGCGGCGCUCAAGCGCAAGGAUCACCUGACCCGGCACAAGCUCUCCCACAUACCGGACAGGCCACAUGUUUGCAAUAUAUGCAUGAAGUCCUUUAAGCGCAAGGAGCAACUCACCUUGCACAUUGUCAUACACUCGGGUGAAAAGAAGCACGUGUGCAUUGAGUGCGGCAAAGGUUUCUACCGCAAGGAUCACUUGCGCAAGCACACACGUUCGCAUAUUGCGCGGCGAGUUAAGUCGGAGGUGUCGGCCCAAAAUGUGAAUGGCACCGCCGCCAACAAUGCGCAGAAUAAUGCGCUACACGGCUCCUGAGGUUCGUACAAGGAUUUUUGGUAAAUUGUUAUACAGAUUUCAAGCCACAAAGGGCGGUUAAGUUUUUGUUGACAAUUUUAAAUACAACUAAGGAGAAACGAGUCAAAAAUUGUCAAUAAAAACUGUGCUGCCUUUGAAAUUUGUUAAGAGUUUACCAAUUGUCCUGCUAAGCGUCACCCACCAAUACCCACACACUACGAACACACACACACACACACAUACACCCACACACAUUAACACUCUAAGAAAGUUGCAAGUAUUAGUAAGAUUUUGUUUAUAACCAUUUGAGUUCGUUAGCUUUGGUUCUUUCAGUUCGAGUUUUCGCACAAAACAAAAAAACAAAACAAAACAAUUUAAA